AUGGCCUUUGUGAUCGAUCAUCUCCCUCCCGGGGAACCAGCCCCUGAGCUUCUAGAAAACCGAAUUUGGAUCGAUGGAUGUUUCGAUUUUUUCCAUCACGGCCAUGCCGGCGCUAUCGUCCAAGCCCGUCUCCUGGGCGAUGAGCUCUACAUUGGCGUGCACUCGGACGAAGCCAUCAUGGAGAACAAGGGCCCAACCGUCAUGUCGAUGGAGGAACGACUCGCCGCUGUCGAUGCAUGCAGGUGGGUGACAGCGUCUGUCCCUAACGCGCCCUAUGUGACAGACCUAGUCUGGAUCACGCACUAUGGCUGCAAGUAUGUUGUGCACGGCGAUGAUAUCACGUCCGACUCCAACGGCGAGGACUGCUACCGCUUCGUCAAGGAAGCUGGGAGGUUCAAGGUGGUCAAGCGCACGCCGAGCAUCUCCACCACGGACCUGGUUGGCCGCAUGCUGCUGUGCACGCGCACUCACUUCAUAAAGUCGCUCAAAGCCAUGCUUGCUGGUACCGAGGGCGACGGGACCGACGCCGAAAGGGACGCGCGGGGCCUCGACAUGAUGAAGCGCAUCGAGCUGUACGCCACGGACGAGACAGCCAGGAAGCCCGGUGUAGAUGUCUGGUUCUGGACUGCCUCGACCGAGGCCAAGCAGGACGACAAGUCCGAGGAAAAGGGCUCUUUUCGGGAGCUAUUCAAGGCUCCCGGGCCGAGACCAGGCCAGAGGGUCGUCUACGUCGACGGCGGGUUCGAUCUGUUCUCGAGCGGCCAUAUCGAGUUCUUGCGCAUGGUGGUCAAGGCCGAGGAGGACCUCGCCAGAGAGCAGGGGUGGUACUCACAGCAGGCUGUGGACGAGCGCCGCGGCAAGGGAGCUGACUACCCGCCCGCCUACGUGGUUGCCGGUAUUCAUGACGACGACGUCAUCAACCACUGGAAGGGCGUCAACUACCCCAUCAUGAACAUUUUUGAGCGGGGGCUUUGUGUCCUGCAGUGCAAGUAUAUCAACGCCGUUGUUUUUGGCGCCCCCUUCACCCCGACCAAGUCGUACCUCACGUCUCUCCCGUGGGGCACGCCAGAUGCGGUAUAUCACGGGCCGACAUCGUUCAUGCCGCUCACGUACGACCCGUACACGGCACCCAAGGAGAUGGGCAUCUACAAGGAGAUAGGGUCGCACGGCUUUAGCGAUGUCAACGCUGCGACCAUCGUGCAGCGUAUCCUCAAGAGUCGGGAUCUGUACGAGGCGCGGCAAAGGGCCAAGGGCGAGAAGGCCAACGUUGAGGAGGCGCACCGACGGAGGGAAAUCAUGGAAGAGGAGCAGAGGCUGAAGGAGGCACAAGGAGCUUCUUCUUCCUCUUGA